AUUGAUUCCUUGCCCAUUAUUGUAUGAACCGUUAACAUGGCUUGGUUAAUUUACAAAAUGUUUUUUGACUACUUGUAAUUUAGCAUGAAUACUAUGUUUACGUAAAGGAAUUCCUUUUACAAUUGAUGUUCUAGAUUAAGAUGAUGACGAAGGAGAAUACAUGUUAAAUAUCAAAUUACUUUAGAGAUUAAAAUGAAAAUGGAAAAAAAAAUUUAGAUGUUGGAAGAAGUAAAUAAAUUGGAACAGCAAAGUGAGCAAAAGAUGAAGAAGAGGCUGCUGAAAAAAGGCUGUCUAAAUACCCAUUAAAAUGAUGAAGAAAUGGAAAUUUACCGUUUCUCUAGGUAAAGAACAGGUCAGGAGGAGGAAGGCGAUAAAACGAAAAUGGUGGUUUAAGGAUUGGUUAUAAAUUUCAGUCAUUCAACAAUUAAACUUGAUUUGAAGUUGGAACUCAAGGCAAGAAGAAUCGCAGAACGACAACAAAGAAGCCAUUGAAACUCGAGCUUUUACCAUCCACUAAUGGAGAACUGAAUGAGUUGUAUGUGAAUCUCCUUAUUUCAAAUCCAAAUAUUCCCAAGCCAAUAUGAGCAAAUUAGGGUCUUCCAAAUUGGCGGUUUUUAAUGGUGAAACAUGUUUAGGAGAAUUGGAAUCCAUACCCAUUGCAAAAGAAUCUAAACUUCAAUUCCCUAAUAAUGAAAUUCGAAUUCAUCAUAUUUCUCAAUCUAAUGAACGUUGUCAUCCUCUCUCUCUUCUUCAUACUAUCUCUCCUUUCUCUCUUUUAUGUAAACUUGAGCCUUCGGAUCAGCAACAACCACAACCUAAUCUCCUUAACCUCCAUGCAUCUUGUUUCUAUGAGCUUAAAACUGCUGUUGUUUUGCUUAACAAUGAGGAGAUUCAUCUUGUUGCUAUGCCCAGUAAGCAAAAAAAGUUUCCUUGUUUCUGGGUUUAUGCUGUUCCUGUUGGACUUUAUGUUUCUUGUUUAGGGAUGUUGAAUUUGCGUUGUUUGUCAAUUGUUUUCGAUCUUGAUGAAACCCUUAUUGUUGCUAAUACUAUGAAGUCCUUUGAGGAUCGGAUUGAUGCCCUUAAGGGUUGGAUUUCAAGGGAGAUUGAUCCUGUUAGGGUUUCGGGAAUGAAUUCAGAGUUGAAGAGGUAUGUUGAUGAUAGGGCGUUGCUGAAGCAGUAUGCUGAAAAUGAUUGUGUUGUGGAUGGUGGGAAGGUGUUCAAGGCUCAAUUUGAGGAGGUUACUCCAUUGUCUGAUAAUUAUGGAACUGUUGUUCGCCCUGUUGUUCGCCUGCCGGAUAAGAAUCUUGUGCUGACUCGAAUUAAUCCUGAGAACCGUGAUACUAGCGUUCUUGUGAGGUUACGACCUGCUUGGGAUGAGUUGAGAAGUUACUUGACUGCAAAGGGACGCAAAAGAUUUGAAGUAUUUGUCUGUACCAUGGCUGAGAGAGACUAUGCUUUGGAGAUGUGGAGGCUUCUUGACCCAGAGGCAAACCUAAUAAAUUCAAAGCAACUCCUGAACCGUGUUGUCUGUGUGAAAUCAGGAUCAAGAAAAUCUCUGCUGCAUGUAUUUCAAGAUGGCAUUUGUCAUCCUAAUAUGGCAAUGGUGAUUGAUGACCGGUUGAAGGUGUGGGAGGACAAGGAUCAACCACGUGUGCAUGUGGUUCCUGCAUUCACCCCAUAUUAUGCUCCCCAAGCUGAGACAGCAAAUGCUGUUGCCGUCUUAUGUGUAGCCAGAAAUGUUGCUUGCAAUGUCAGAGGUGGCUUUUUCAAAGAAUUUGAUGAGAACUUACUGAGGAAAAUCUUUGAACUAUCUUAUGAAGAUGAGAUGUCAAAUUUACCUUCUCCACCAGAUGUGAGCAAUUAUUUAAUUUCAGAGGACUCGGGAUUUGCACCAAAUGGAAGCGCAAGUGUACCUAUUACUGAAGUCAUAUCUGGUGCAGACGUUGACCAAAAACUAUCGCAGUUGGAUGAGAAAUUGGCCAUGGAUUCAGACACUAGUUCAACAACGAAUAUUCCAGACUUGAGAUCGGAAACACCUCAGCAAUCAAUCCCAUCUGUUCAGGGUGUAAAUCCUUUAAGGAUGACUAUUCCAUCACAGAAGGGUUUGCUUGGUGUACCGGCUAGAAGAGAUGUAAGAAAUCCAUCAGGUGAUCCGCCUAUUCUCACGUUACCUGCUCAAACAUCAGAACGUAGCUGGUCAGUGGAAGAUGCAAACAAGGGACUUUUGAAUAGUCGUGGAUUUGUGUCUGCACAAGAGCCUGAUAAGUCAAAAGCUGAUAAACAACGAUCUUAUUCAAAUUCGCUUGGUCAUAGCAUGACACCGUCUAUUUUAUCAGCUCAGCAACAUUCCAGGGCAAGGGUUGAUGAGGCAAGUCCUGGACAGGAAAUUCCUAAACAAAAUCUUACAGCCAGUGGGACGUCAGGCGUUGCUGAAAUUUCUAAUUCUCAGAAUCCGGCUCCUAGCAUUAGCAAAGAAGCACAUGUCGAUGCUCUAAAAGUAAAUACAAUUCCCUCCGGCUUAUCUAUCAGCGUGCUGCAAGAAAUUGGUCGAAGAUGUUGCUCUAAGGUUGAGUUCAAGCCAAUUCUAAGCACAAGUAAAGAUUUGCAGUUCUCUGUUGAGGUAUUGUUCACCGGUGAGAAGAUAGGUGUUGGAAUGGGCAAGACUAGAAAGGAUGCUCAACAGCAAGCUGCUGAAAGUGCUCUUCAUUUCUUGGCUGAGAAGUAUUUGGCUACGUGUUCUGGUUUGAUUGACCGGGAUGAUAAGCUUCCAGUGCAGAAUGAAAAUGGAUUUGUAUGGGAUGACAUUAACCUUCAAUCUGAUGAACUGUCAUCAGAUGAGAAGCUACAUAGAGAGAAUGUUUUUGAGGCUACAGAAUUAGGACCUCAAAGUAAUUUCCCAAUGAUCAUUAAUCAGUUGGCACCGAAGCUUGGGAACUCACCCAGGUUACAGCAUUCCUUAUCUGGUAAACAGUCGAAAGAAGAACCAGUACGAGCUUCACAAAGUUCAUCGUCUGCCCGUCAACACAGGAAUGGUCAUCCGAUAUUAUGAUCAAAAUUUCACCUGAGGGAUCAUGGCUUUCUUCAAUACACUGAUCUGGGCAGAAGAACUAAUAUUCAUGAUUGUGACAGAUUGUCUGAAUCAUCUAGGUUACAGCACUCGUUGGCUGGUACAGUCGAAAGAAGAAUUAGUACUAGCUCCUCAGAGUUAUUCAUCUGUCCGACAACACAGGAAUGGUCAGCCGAUAUUAUGAUCAAAAGCUCACCAGAAGGGAUUAUGAAAUGGAACAUAUCUUUGUUCGAUACACAGAUGAUGGGUUGCAGAACAAUGUUCAUGAUUGUGAUAGAGUAUCCCCUACUGAUGGUGAAUUUUCGCCAAUACACAUACAUGUUCCAUUUCCCAAUUUGUAAGAGGAAGUUUUGAGACGUAUAUAUUCAGUUUAGUUGACUAGUUGCAUAUUGA